AAAAGCGAACUGUCCCGGAAACUCAGAGCCGGGUUCCGCCUGGGUUUCUCCCUGCGGCUCCUGGGCUGCUGUUUAGACUGUUGUGAAGAUGGCUUGCGCUGCCGCGAGGUCCCCAGCCGACCAGGACAGGUUUAUUUGUAUCUAUCCUGCUUAUUUAAAUAAUAAGAAGACCAUCGCAGAGGGAAGGCGAAUCCCCAUAAGUAAGGCUGUUGAAAAUCCUACAGCUACAGAGAUUCAAGAUGUAUGUUCAGCAGUUGGACUUAACGUAUUUCUUGAGAAAAAUAAAAUGUACUCUAGAGAAUGGAAUCGUGAUGUCCAAUACAGAGGCAGAGUCCGGGUCCAGCUAAAACAGGAAGAUGGCAGCCUCUGCCUUGUACAGUUCCCAUCACGUUAAGAAUGUCUGAGGGGCCAGGCGGUGCUGGCAAGAUGGCUGCACUCGAGAAGAUGAUGUUUCCCGAGAAGAUGACGUUUCCAGAGAAACCAAGCCACAAAAAGUACAGGGCCGCCCUGAAGAAGGAGAAACGAAAGAAACGUCGGCAGGAACUUGCUCGACUGAGAGACUCAGGACUCUUACAGAAGGAGGAGGAGGACACUUUUAUUGAAGAACAACAACUAGAAGAAGAGAAGCUAUUGGAAAGAGAGAGGCAAAGAUUACAUGAGGAGUGGUUGCUGAGAGAGCAGAAGGCACAAGAAGAAUUCAGAAUAAAGAAGGAAAAGGAAGAGGCGGCUAAAAAAUGGCAAGAAGAACAAGAGAGAGAGUUAAAGGAACAAUGGAAAGAACAGCAGAGGAAAGAGAGAGAAGAGGAGGAGCAGAAACAACAGGAGAAGAAAGAAAAAGAGGAAGCUGUGCAGAAGAUGCUGGAUCAGGCUGAAAAUGAGUUAGAAAAUGGUACCAUAUGGCAAAACCCAGAACCACCCGUGGAUUUCAGAGUAAUGGAGAAGGAUCGAGCUAAUUGUCCCUUCUACAGUAAAACAGGAGCUUGCAGAUUUGGACACAGAUGUUCACGUAAACAUAAUUUCCCAACAUCCAGUCCUACCCUUCUUAUUAAGAGCAUGUUUACAACGUUUGGAAUGGAGCAGUGCAGGAGGGAUGACUAUGACCCUGACGCAAGCCUGGAGUAUAGCGAGGAAGAAACCUACCAACAGUUCCUAGAUUUCUAUGAAGAUGUGUUGCCCGAGUUCAAGAACGUGGGGAAAGUGAUUCAGUUCAAGGUCAGCUGCAAUUUGGAACCUCACCUGAGGGGCAAUGUAUAUGUUCAGUACCAGUCGGAAGAAGAAUGCCAAGCAGCCCUUUCUCUGUUUAACGGACGAUGGUAUGCAGGACGACAGCUGCAAUGUGAAUUCUGCCCAGUGACCCGGUGGAAAAUGGCGAUUUGUGGUUUAUUUGAAAUACAACAAUGUCCAAGAGGGAAACACUGCAACUUUCUUCAUGUGUUCAGAAAUCCCAACAAUGAAUUCUGGGAAGCUAAUAGAGACACCUACUUGUCUCCAGAUCAGACUGGCUCCUCCUUUGGCAAGAACUCGGAGAGGAGGGAGAAGAUGGGCCACCACGACCACUACUACAGCAGGCAGUGGGGAAGGAGAAACCCUAGUCCAGACCACUCCUGCAAAAGAAAUGGGGAAUCCGAGAGAAAAAGGAGUAGUCACAGGGGGAAGAAAUCUCACAAACGCACAUCGAAGAGUCGGGAGAGGCACAAUUCACCAAGCAGAGGAAGAAAUAGGCACCGCAGCCGGGACCAGGGCAGCCGGAGCCAGAGCCGCAGGAGCCGCAGGAGCCACCGCAGCCGGAGCCAAAGUUCCUCUAGGUGCCGAAGUCAUGGCAGGAGGAGGUCGGGUAAUAGAGACAGAACUGUUCAGAGUCCCAAAUCCAAAUAAACUAGUUUUGUUCUUAAAAAAAAAAAAAAAAAAAAAAA